AUGGAUGGGAGGGGCCGGGUGUGCGUUCGAAACACUUUCAUCACCUUUGAUGAAGGUGAUGAGCUACCUGUAGAGCCGUCGCCGCGGGCCUCUCCACGGGCACGUUCUGCUGAAUGCAGCUCACCGCACCGAGAAGAUGGAAGCGAGGAUCAGAUGCGAAGGCUGAACAAGAUCUUGGACGAAGAUGAAGAUGCCCUUCGUGAAGUGAGGUCACCAGUUCUUCAGCCUGGACCAUUACCAGACUUUGAGGGUCCUGGCAGAGUGCGCGCUGAGAGCUAUGGCAGCUCUGGGGCAUCUUCGCCACCUGAGCAGAUUUUCCCCGGGAAGUCAGGGCCCAGUGCUCAAGAGCUUAAUCAACUGAAGCAGAGGCUGGAGGAGGUUUGUCGACCACCAAACAACCAUGGCUACGCUAUGCCGCGUGCGAGCUCAAGCGGUUCUGUUUGGUCUCUAGGAAGUGAAGCAACGGAGGAGGGCCAACGGGGGAUGCGACACGUGCACUCCAAUGGCUCCAUCAGCAGCAUUACGUCCUUUGAGGCAAAUCGCUCCCGGGCGUGUUCAUUUGGCUCCAUCUACAGUGGGAUAGAGGAGCCAGGUGGUGAGGAAGCUGUGGAGUUUGACCUCGUGGAGUAUCCGGACGAUGCGCCAAAACCGACCCGGGAAGAACGGCGACGAGAGAGGGACUCGAGGCCGAAGCCAAGGGAGCCAAGGGAGCCAAGGGAGCCAAGGGAGCCAAGGGAGCCAGGACCUCAAGAGACAGCCGCCUGUGCAGGGCCGAAGCCUGUCGGACUUGUCGAUGAGAGCCCCACUACCAGUUGCAGCCCAAGACCAGGAAGUGAUGCUUCGCGUUGCUCUAGCCCUUCCGAGCGGGAGAAAGCAAAGGCGUGGCAAAAGGAAUACCGUCACUCUCUCGUGCCGAAGACAGUCAAUCUGCAAGAGCAGCAUGAAGGCCAGCAGGAGAUCACGACUUUGAUGAUUCGCAACAUUCCGAAUCGAUAUUCACAGCGUGACCUUAUUGCAGAGCUUGAAGACCUUGGUUUUGGAGGCAAAUUCAACUUCUUGUAUAUCCCCUUGGACAAAGGGACUAUGGCAAAUGUGGGCUAUGCAUUUGUCAACUUUAUUGACAAGGAGUGGGCAAAGAAUUGCAUGGAUGCCUUCCACGAUUACCGCUUCAAAUGCCAUAGGAAGACGUCAGGCAAGAUCGCAUCAGUCUCAGCUGCCCAUUUGCAGGGCUUGGAGGCAAACUUGGCGCACUAUGAGCGUGCAGUGGUAAACACUGCAAAGCUAAAGCAGCGCCGGCCUGUGGUGAUAGCGAACAUCUCCUCAAGUCUGGAAUGA